AGGCAACGCAUCAUUAAUAGUUCUUCCGACGGGGCAGCCCAUUAUGCAAACGUAUAUUAACACCAGUCCCCUACUUUCCCUGUCAAGCCAUCUAUCAAAAGCUGUGUUGAAGAACUCCAUUUGUUUGAAUCAUUUUUAAAGUUAACAAUGGAUGAAUGCGUUGAUAUCAAUAGGCUGGUAUUCUUUUUAAUCAACGGCCCGUUGGUUCUUUUCAGCUUUGCUGUGAAUGUUUUCUUAUUAUUUUUCUUGGUCAAACCACAAGGCGACAACAACAAACGACUCAAGCUUCCUUUGAAGAUACUCUUGGAAUAUGUCAUGUGCUGCGCCAUUUUGUAUACAGUCUUUUUAACGCUGUUCUUCACCUUGGAUGAUUAUCUGACCUUCACAGCAUCUUUUUUGCUGUGGCUGACAAUGCAGUCCUUUGUACGGAUCAGCAUGACCUCCUACGUUUGGCUCAACUUCUACUUUUUCCUCCGGAUAGUUCCCACACGAUGCGCUUUGCUUAUUUGGCUGAAGAGAAACAUCAUGGUCGCAAUUUUGAUGGUUGCUUUUCUUGAUUUUGUGAUUUUAGUCUACAACUGGGCCCUCGAGACUGCCAUUGCUCUAACUAUCGGGCCUCUGCUGCUCUCUUCCGUCAACAGCACAGUGAUUCCCUUCAGUGAUGACAUUUUCCUUGUCAGAGAAAUUAGUUUCGUCAUUACUUGGAUCUACCUGUUUAUCAUUUUGUGGUUUAUGAUCGUCACCAGCUGUAUCACCGUUCGAUACCUGCGAGGUCACAUGAGAAGUGUGGCGAAGAACGGCAUCGCCUUACCUGGGGCAAGACUUCGGACUUACUUUUGGGUCACCACGACGGGAAUUUCUCAAUGUGUCGUCUUCUUUUUUUGUGCACAUUAUUAUUUCUUGAACUAUUUCACACUGGUAUUUCCACUAGAUUUCUACAUUGGUUUCCGCAUCACUUACACUACCAGUACAGUGUACGUAUUUUGUACAACACUCAACCUGUGUAUCGGUCAAUCAAUGUUUAGGCAAAAGCUGAUGAUUUUUUAUAGGGCUCUCAAAUCCAUGUGUUGGCACGGAAACAAAUGAGCUGGUUGCGGCCUCCAGUAGAACAUAAUAGUCAAUUCACUGAAGUCACUGAUAUUUAGUUUGCUGUUUCUGUCUCAGCACUUGUUGAAAGGAAAAAAAUUUUUUUUUUUCUUUUUAAAUACAAUUAGGAGGUUUAACACAUGAAUGAUUGAACAAUAAAUAUUAAAUUGAAUAUGCUAGAAAAUAUAAAACGUGAAUAAAUUAAAAUUUUAAGUGAAUCUGUGAAAUAAUCAUGCAUGAUUAUUUGUGAUUUUUUUA